AUAUCUAAAAAUUUUCUAGGAAAAUCUAAUUUUUGGAUAGAUACAUACUUUUUCUUAAUUUCAGCUGUUGAGUCAGCAUGUAAAAAGGAUUAAUUUUGGUUUGUACAAAGAAAGAAAAAAGUUGCUUUCCCUCUUUAAAAGUACCAUACUUAUACAUGUAGUAUAUACAGUCACAUGGUCAUGCCACUAUGUGAAAGGUCCAUUAUCCAUAUAUAGCUAUAUCAAGAAGUCUGUUCAAGAAGAAAGAGAGAGAAACCAUCCAUGGGAAGGCCUCCUUGCUGUGAUAAAAUUGGCAUCAAGAAGGGUCCAUGGACUCCUGAGGAAGACAUCAUUCUUGUUUCUUACAUCCAAGAAAAUGGCCCUGGAAACUGGAGAUCAGUUCCUACCAAUACUGGGUUGUUAAGAUGCAGCAAAAGUUGCAGACUUAGAUGGACAAAUUAUCUCAGACCAGGAAUUAAAAGAGGAAAUUUCACACCUCAUGAGGAAGGGAUGAUAAUUCACUUGCAAGCUCUAUUGGGUAACAAUUCAUUCCUUUGGAUUUUGUACAGAUGGGCAGCAAUAGCUUCAUAUCUUCCACAAAGAACAGAUAAUGAUAUAAAGAACUAUUGGAAUACUCACCUGAAGAAGAAGCUAAAGAAGUCUCAAUCUGCUUUGGAUCAUAAUCCAAUGGCUUCGCAGGAUUCAACAACAUCAACUACCCAUCGGUUUGUGUCAAAGGGCUUGUUCAGUGAGAGAUCAAGAAGCUUAAAUUUGAGCCCAAAUUCAUCAUCUGAUCUCAGGCUCAACCAACUAACCUCCUCCACCUAUGCAUCAAGCACUGAGAACAUUUCAAGGCUUCUUGAAGGUUGGAUGAGAUCAUCUCCAAGGCCUGAUAAUCAUGGCAUUAAUGAUCCAUGGAACAAAGCAGAAGGAAGCAUUGAAAAUUCAGUGGCUGCCACUUCUCUUCAGUGUUACAGGCCAAAAGAUGAGCUAGAAACUGGUGGCGGUGGUGGGCUGAUUUCUCAUGAAGAGUUUGAAUCUAUUUUAUCUUUUGAUCAGAACUUGAACAAUGUUGCAUGGGACAAAUCCACCUGUGAUUCUAACACCGUUUCUACAGUAAAAGUUUGUCGUAAAAAUUCUGAAAAUGAAGAGAAAGAGCAUGAGAUUAUUACAGUAGCAGAGAAGAAACAGAAAUCUGAGAGUAAUCCACCAUUUUCAUUUCUUGAGAACUGGCUCUGGGAUGAAACUGCAACUGCUCAAGUUGAAGAACUAUCUCCAAUAUUCUGAUCAACAUCUGCUCCUUCCUUCUAUUAUUAUUAUCAUUAUUACUUUUUUUUGGGAAGUUUUAGGAUCUAAAGAUUAAUCUAUUUCUGAGAAGUUGGAAUCUUUUAGCAAAUGUAAUUAACUUUGGCUUAUUUAAACCAAUUCUAAUUGAAAUAACUAAACUAAUUAAGCA